AUGUCUCAAAGCAUAACAGAAGAAUGUGUGAAAUUCAUAACAAAUUUCAUGCCACGAAGUAUACCAAGGUUGCAAGAAGGAUUAAUACAUGAUGGAAACUGGAAGGAAUAUGGCAAUAAGCUUAAUGAGGUCACGUUAAAAAUUCUUGAUACGUUGAAAAGUGUUUGGUGCAAUCCGGCUUUCGGUCCUGAAUUUGUCAAAAUGAUAAAUGAGGAUACCUAUGUUAAUAAUGUAGUUGUCUUCACAAUACGUGCUACAUUAUUUGAUAACCCUUUGGAGAACAUGCAUUCAUUACUAC